AAAAAUGAAGACCAUUUACAUUGUGGCUGGAUUGCUUAUAAUGCUGAUACAAGGCAGCUGGCAGCAUUCCCUUCAAGACACGGAGGAGAACCCCAGAUCAUUCCCAGCUCCCCAGACAGAACCGCUCGAGGACCCUGAUCAGAUGAAUGAAGACAAACGCCAUUCACAGGGCACAUUCACCAGCGACUACAGCAAAUACCUGGACUCCCGCCGUGCCCAAGACUUUGUGCAGUGGUUGAUGAACACCAAGAGGAACCGGAACAACAUUGCCAAACGUCAUGAUGAAUUUGAGAGGCAUGCUGAAGGGACCUUCACCAGUGACGUGAGUUCUUACUUGGAGGGCCAGGCAGCAAAGGAAUUCAUUGCUUGGCUGGUGAAAGGCCGAGGAAGGCGAGAUUUCCCGGAAGAAGUCGUCCUUGCCGAGGAACUCGGCCGCAGACACGCUGAUGGCUCCUUCUCUGACGAGAUGAAUACGAUUCUCGAUAAUCUUGCCACCAGGGACUUCAUCAACUGGCUGAUUCAAACCAAGAUCACUGACAAAAAAUAGGUAUUUCACCGUUCACAACCAUCUUCACAGCAUCUC